GUGGAGUCUGGAUAAGAGCUGUCAGAAGGGAUUUUUAGUCAAUUUGAUGCUGAGUGAUAGCAUUCUUGAACCACGGUUUUAGAGGAGUGACACCAAAAGGCUGAGUGCUUUACAGGACAAGUAGCACUCCCUGCUUCCUCAGCUGCCUGAAAAUCAAGCCAUAGAUAUUUGCCUUCAUUCCAAAUAAGCUGGUCUGUGUUGCAGGCUGCAGGCAGGCACAGGGACAGCAUAGAGCAAUUCUUUUGAACUUUGGAUUGUAGCACUCAUGACCUCGCUCCCAGCAACAAGGAAGCCAAGAAGCUGUUCCACAGCUUUCUCAGGGAGGAAAAAUGCCAGCUUCUCUAAGAAAACUGCAGCAAAUAGCUGUUUUCAUGGGACUGUUCAGUGGCGGGGGUUGCAUCGUGAUGUAUAAUCUUAUGCAAAAAAGUUUUGCCAGGACCCAGUAUUACCAGCAAGCUUUGGAGCAAUUGAACAGCAAUCCUGAUGCCCUGGAAGCCUUGGGUGCCCCCCCUCUUAAGGUCCACAACAUCCACCUGACGGAUUGGAGCAAUCGCGUGGACACGGAAAGAGCACGGAUAAAGUUACCAGUCUCUGGAACAAAAUCGGCAGGCUACCUCUAUAUUAACUCGGAGAUGGACCACUCCCGUCAGUGCUGGUGCCUUCAGGAUGUCACCUUGAAACUGCGGGAUGGUCGGAAUAUUCCCAUUUACCACUCUCCGGUGGAAAGCAUUGGUGUGCAAGAAGGCUAAAAAUCAGGGACAGCUGCAUCUCCGCCUCCCAUUGAGCCAAAGGAGCCAUUAAUCGAUUGCAUCCUGCUGUGUCUGUGAAUGUACACAGUUGUCACAAGUGACAGCUUCACUUAAGCGGGUGCUCUCGACAAUUUUCUCUCUAAGAUUGACCUCAUCGUUGUUGUAAUUGUAAUUUCUUUCUUUUGCUGGUUUAUUCAUGUGUUUAACAGAAGCCUAAAAUAAAUACCUUGCAAAAGAGUUGCUGUUG